AUGGCGGAACGUUGUGAAAAUGUCUUGGACACCGAAAGCGAAGAAGAAUCCGACUUUUCGUCAGGAAGCACGCCCGAAUGGAUGUACGAAAUCCACCAAAACUUUAUAAACGGAACCAUCAAGCCGUACCAGUAUGAACCGAUGAGAGAUCCCGGCGAGGUGGAGAAAUCAGAUCAGUCAGAUGAUGAGAAAGAUGAUGAAGAGCGCUUGCUCAAUACAGAAUGGUGUAAAUGCGGACACUGCACCUUGAUGCCGACCGUAGGCGAGAGCAGGUGUUGUAAGGAGAUCGACCAGGUGAACGAGAAAAUUAAAGCGUAUAGUGAACGUUACGGGGCAGAGUCGUUGGCGUGUAUCGUCGAUCACCCGGGUUUCAAACCGGUCUGCUUGAACGUCUGGGUUUUGGAAGCAGCGUACUAUGAUUAUACACAUCAUUACAGCAAGGAAGAAGAAGCCGGUGCUAAAAGACAAACACAUGGCACACAGACAGCUGGCGGCGUGGUGCUGGGAGUAUGUUGGGUCUCGAGUUCGAGUCACGCUGCCGUCCUGUGCAGUGAAGAAAAUCUCAGAUAAUUUCGUCUCGAAGACUGAGUGAAUAUUUUCAGCAAUCGUUUUAAGAGCAAGACAGAAGAAUUCGAAUCUAACUUGAGUAUCAUGGUGAUCCAUCCAUACCCAGUAUCAAAUUAAUGAACACUUACACAGGCACGGCGGUAGACUUUGGGGUGGGGGUUGACAGAUCCAGGGGGUAAAGCAAAGUUGUUAGGGGGGUUGGAGGUAUACUCCUCCGUAAAUGUUUGAA